CCGUGAUCGUCAUUCGAACCGGCGUGCUACGUUUUUGUGGCAAUGUUCACGCCAAAGAAAAAUGUCAAAGAAGGCUCAAAGAGCGAGAAAAUGAUCCACGAGGCAAAUAUAUCAACCUUAAGAUUUUAUAGGAUCUCGGUACUGUCCACCCUAGCUAUCUACUCUUCCGUCACAUUCUUAUUCCUCUGGUCCUCGUUCACCACGCGCUAUGUCAUCCUGGCCUCAGUCUCCUUCGCCAUCUGUCUGGCCGCCUACAAGUUCAUGUCUCACAUGGCUUCACCGACUUUUGGGGAGAAUGACCGUGGCGUGGUCCAACUACAAGAUGCUGGCUUGGAUUUGAAUAUCGGAACUGGAGGAAUAGCAGAACACGCCAAAGAUGUUAUCAUCAUGUGUUGUGCCGUGCUCCUGUUGAGCUUACUACACCGAUACUUUUGGUUCCUGAUGCUCGUGAUCCCAUUCCGACUACUACAUCUGCUCUGGGUCAAUAUUUUGGCCCCGUGGAUUUUCGAUCCCAACCAAGAACCACAAGUGAACGAGAAAAAACAACAGAAAUUAGAACGCAAAAUGCGUCGAAUUGGCCAUCUGACUCAGGGUGGCAGACGAUAGCUUACUCUCAAGCUUUUGUAUAGCAACUCUUGUCGUCGAUCCAGCGCGCUACCUAUUCCUGAUUGCCAAGUGACUCGUUUUUUGUCCUCAUCCUCUGACUUUUUUUCAAUGGAAUACCUCGUGUACAGUGAGUGGCCUACUGCUCUGCUUGUUUCUAAAUGUCCGAUGUUCUUCAACAGGAUAUCUGCCCAUAGGCUACACUUACUUUUGUUUGUUACACAUGCUCCUCCGUUUCUCUCUUUCGGUAUUGUCUGCAAAACAAUCCAUUAUUUUCAUUUGAAAAUGAUCCCUUGGGCACAAACGCUUCUGGUGGGAUAUACUUG